AAUCUACCGGAAUUGAGCAUCAAUUGAUCUUUUUGCGUCAACUUUUGGUGGUACCGUACCGUACCUUGCAAGUAGCCUUUAAACGAUCCAGAAAAAAAUCCCGAAAGCCGUUGUCGCAGACUUUCAAAUCGUCAAUUGUCGACGACAUUGUCAAGAAAAUGCUUUCUAGAUCGGCUCUCUCUAGAGGUGCCCAGCUUGCUGCCCGCACGCAAGGCUGUUCUCAACUUGCUCAGCGUCGAGGUUAUGCUGCCGUUGCAUCUUCUGCACCAUCACCUUUGAGCUUUGAUACCACUGAAGUUACUGGUGUCAAAGUCGCUGCCCGAGACUCCCACGGCCCAACAACGAAACUUGCUGUUGUCGCCAAGGCAGGCACUAGAUAUCAAGGUUCCCCAGGCCUCACUGUUGGUCUGGAGGAGUUCGCCUUCAAAAACACUCAAAGGAGACUCGCCCUACGCAUUGUACGAGAAGCCGAGCUUCUAGGAGGCCAAUUACUCGCAUACCACACCCGAGAAGCGUUAGUCCUCGAGGCAAGUUUUCUACGAGAGGACCUUCCUUACUUCACCGAGCUGUUGGCCGAGGUCAUCUCUGGUACCAAAUAUUCCACCCACGAAUACCACGAAGAUGUCCAAAGGGUCCUAAAGUUGAAACAGGCAAAGUUUGCCCACGAUGUUUCCGCCCUCGCUCUCGACGCGGCACACUCUGUUGCCUUCCACACUGGCCUUGGCGCUUCCCUAUAUCCGACCCCGUCUACCCCUCUUAAGAGCCUAAACGAGCACACCAUUGCCGACUAUGCCGCGUCCGUUUACGCCAAGUCGAACAUCGCGCUUGUUGGAGAUGGCGCUUCGACGGCUGCUCUGCACAAGUGGACCGAGCAGUUCUUCGAGAGUGUGCCUGCAUCGCCAUCUGGUCCCGCGCAGCUUAACACGAAGCCAACGAAAUACCAUGGUGGCGAGCAGCGCACCGCCCAUACGGCCGGAAACUCUUUGGUCAUUGCCUUCCCUGGCUCUAGCUUCGGUACGUUCAAGCCUGAGAUUGCAGUCUUGGCUGCGCUGCUUGGUGGCCAGCCCAAUGUCAAAUGGUCGCCUGGUUUCACUCUCUUAUCCAAGGCUGCUGCGUCAGCUCCUGGAGUUGCUGCCUCGGGAACCAACCUUGCUUACUCUGAUGCUGGCCUGCUUACCAUUCAAAUCACUGGGGCUGCCGCUUCGGUUCGAAAAGCGGGUGAGGAGGCAGUCAAGGCUCUCAAGAGUAUCUCAGAGGGAACUGUUAGCAAAGAGGACUUGACCAAGGCGAUCGCCAAGGCCAAAUUUGACGCGUUAGAGGCCAGUCAAUCCGGCGUAUCAACACUCCUAUCUGCUGGUUCGGGUAUCAUUCACACUGGCAAGCCGUUCCAGAUUGCCGAGAAUGUCAAAUCAGUUGAUGGAGUCACAGCAGACAAACUUAAGACCACAGCGAAGUCUCUUAUCGACGGUAAGGCUACUGUGGCUGCCGUGGGUGACCUUAACGUACUGCCAUUUGCAGAGGAGCUUGGUCUCAAGGUAUAGAGGGAGAAAUAUUGAACUGGGAAUCCAAGUGUACCAACAGAUAAACCCAACACCUUAGAGAGAAGUCGAGUCACCACCUGUGCAUAUAGUAAAUCCCUUAGAAUUCGGUUUUCGAAGUGUAAACUACCAAUAUCGUACCUAGUAACUCGUUUAAUCAAGUACAUGUAGGUCUAUUGAUA